AUGCGAGAGGGCAUGCAGAGUUUAGGGAGCAGCAGGAAUAACGUGGACAGACUUAAAAUGAUGUGCAGUCAGCGUGUGGAGGCAGCAGCAGCAACAGUCUCGUCCUGGAUCUGUGUCUGGAGGACAACCAGCAGCAGCAGCAGGACACAUCCCGACCCCAGCUGCCCGAGAAACAUGAUCCCCGCACGGAUCCCGGCUUGUCUGUGUCUGCUGGUGGGCGUCUCGCUCCAGGUGGACGUCAAAAGUGGGAAAGAGGCAGCAAAAGCCGGGAAUUUCAUGGAGGAUGAGCAGUGGCUGUCAACCAUCUCUCAGUACAGCCGGAAGAUCAAGCACUGGAACCGCUUCAGAGACGAUGACUACAUCAAAAACACAGAAGACAGCAUUGGUUCUGAUGAAACCGUUGACACCACCAAAGACCCAUGCCUGAAUGUAAAGUGCAGCCGCCAUAAGGUGUGCGUCGCUCAGGGUUACCAGAGGGCCAUGUGCGUCAAUCGCAAGAAACUGGAGCACAGAGUGAGACAGUCCGGGCAGCUGGAGCACCAUGAAAGCAGCACCUGCAAGCCCUGUCCUGUGGCUGCUUCCUCACCUGUAUGUGGUACUGAUGGACACAACUACGCUUCGGAGUGUAAGUUGGAGCAGCAGUCUUGCCUCACAGGCAAAGACGUGAGCAUCAUGUGUACCGGAUUCUGCCCCUGCACCCCGGCCUCUGCUACGAGUGCUGACACAAAACGAGGCAACUGCACCGGCCAAGACCUGGCAGACUUGGGCGACCGCCUGAGAGACUGGUUCCAGCUGCUUCACGGAAACGCCAAGCAGAAUAACUCUGGCAAGCCCGGAGCUGGCACUGCUUCAGCGCUGGAUAAAAGCCUCAUCGCCAGCUGCAAGGACUCCAUCGGCUGGAUGUUCUCAAAACUGGACACCAACAACGACUUGUAUCUGGACCAAGCCGAGCUGGCUGCGAUUAACCUGGACAAGUACGAGGUCUGCAUCCGACCUUUCUUCAACUCUUGUGACAGCUACAAGGAUGGGAAGGUCUCUACGGCGGAGUGGUGCCUCUGCUUCUGGAGGGAAAAGCCACCGUGCCUGGCUGAGCUGGAGAGGAUCCAAGUACUGGAAGCUGCCAAGAAGAGACCUGGGAUGUACAUCCCCAGCUGUGACGAGGAUGGCUACUACAGGAAAAUGCAGUGCGACCAGAGCCGAGGAGAGUGCUGGUGUGUGGACCAGCAUGGGGAAGAGCUGAUGGGCUCCAGAAUCCAUGGCAACCUUGAGUGCGAUGAAGUAGCUGGAUAUUCUGGAGAUCUCGGGAGUGGAGUAGGAUGGGAAGAUGAAGAGGAGAAGGAGGCAGAGGACAACGGAGAAGAAGCAGAGGAGGAAGAGGAAGAGGAGGAGGGUGAGGCAGACGAUGGAGGUUACAUCUGGUAGAACUGUUGGGAGACACAGGUGGAGAGCAAAGCUAUACCGGCCUGAAUAAUGAACAGGCUUGGAUCUCUCCUAAAAGCAAAAGAUUUAAGGAUCAGACGGGGGAGAAGCGAGAUUGCCCUGGUGGGGUUUGUGGUGCCCGGGCAAAUGGAGUGAUAAGAUAAUGACAAGUGUUUUUUGUUGUUUUUUUUUCUUUUGAUUUUUAAUUUUUUAAUUUUUAUAAUCUGAUAUGUGUGUAAAUGCUUCAUUCUUUUAUGUUUUCGAGCAACAGAGCUUUGUGAGUUUCUGUCCUAAAAAAAAGGGGUAGCCACUGACUGCACCAUAAGUAGCUAAAGUCCAUCAAAAUUCUUAUCUUGUCAUUUAUGCAUAUGGAGAUUACAAGUAAUGUUUGUAUUGUGUUAUAACAGUUGCUUGAGUAGUAGAGUCGCUGUCCCAUUGGAAAUACUAGAGAUCAGAUGUGAAACGAGCAGUUUGACACUUUGGGGGAUGAGCUUGCUUGCUCUCUUAAAAGGAGGGUUAGAAAAGAUGUUCAGCACCACAUUUGGAUAAAUAUUGAGGCACGAGUGAGAAGAGGACCAGCUUAAGUUGGCUUAAAAGCUUGAAAGGGAGAAACAGUUGCUUUGCUUUUUAUUUCUUAGAUGUCUUAUUUUCCACCAUGUAAGAAUUCGCAGCACUCGAGAAAGAAACAGUCGUUAAUAUAGUGCUUUUUUUCUUUUUCCAUUAAUUUUAAGAAAGCAUUAUAUGAUGUGUUUAUUGCUGAAAUGUAGAGGUACAGGCGACCUUUGAAGAAACUUUGAUCCACCACAACAAUAAAAGCCUUGAUGUGGAGGGAAUAACAUUGAUAAUCUUGUUGAUAUAUAGCUUUACGCCAGGUACAACCCCCAUGGCACUGCUAUUCUUUACACAGCAGAAGCCUCCCCCCAGCAGCUAACACACUCCGCAGGACACGGAUUAACCUUCAUUUUGGUCUUUAGAUGGUUGAAAAUCAGAGAGAUGGCUCAAACCCACAGAGAAUAAUCAAUUCAACUCAAUAAUUCUUAAUCAAACCCCGACGGUAAAUGAUACGUUGCAGUAACUGUCAGGAUUCGAGUCUGUUCAAAGAGUUAUUGCAGAGGGUUGUAGCUGUGGGCGGCAGAUACGAAGAAGCCUGUCACUGAAGAUACUGCAGUUAAAACAUCUGGGUUACUAUUUGCACGAUCACCUCCAGAGGCUCCAGAACAGAACAGUUUGAGUUUUUUAAGUCGCCGGCUCUGAUGCUGCUACCCCCAACAGAUGACUGCAGACGUGCUCGCACUUUCCACAGCAGAGUUAUAGAAGUCAUACAUUUUCACUGCAAACACUGAAGGACCUAAGCUUUUUCAGGAAGCACUGUGUGCUACUUUUAGACAGCGUGGCUGUCGCGUCUCCAGUCUAUUCUGUUGUCCAGGUGUGCCGAUAAAACUCCCCCCCCAGGACUUUCAUGUGUGAGUGAUGAUGUGUGACGUUAGGGCAGCAGCUCUGUCAUUGUUUAAAGACAAUGGCUGACAUUUCCUUGGUACUGGGACAAGACACAGCCCUGAAGUCCUCUCCUGGCUCAACUAAGGUUAGAGAGCUGCUUCAGAAUCCCACAGAGCUGCACGGACCUUCAGGACUCAGGCGACGCCAUCUGGAUCCGCGGCCUUGUUCUGGUUGAAUCUCAAUAGCUGCCUCUUCACCUAACUGCCGGAGACAGGGCCGCAGCAAGGGGUGUGCGAACCGUGCGACCGCACGGGGCCUCGCGCUAUGGGCGUUUUUUUUUUCCGUUUUUUCCCUUAUAAAUAUCAACAGUCACGUUCCAUUACAGACCUAAAUGUGUACUAGUCUGUGCAUAUCAAUAAAUAUAUGUGCAAUGAUGCGCGUGUCUGUUGUUCAAUACAACUGAUCAGACCAAGCGCAGACACAAGCUACUCUGAUCCAGACGGGUGGAGUUGGGACAAACUGUCACACAAUGUCGAGAGAACGAGACAGAUUCAGGAAAUUUCCAUCAGGGGAUGAAAAAAGAAAAAAACUAAAGAAAAUGGAAGAGUUUAAUGCCUCUCUGAAAGGCUCGUUUGAUAAAUUUGUUACAAAAAUCACCGAUCCGACCGGGUCUCAAGCAGCCGUGGGGCCCCGCGUCGAGGCAAGAGAUGAUGAUGAGGCAGGGGAAGGUAUCCAGUAUUUUGCUAAUUGGAGAGUUAAAAUUGCGCAUAUAGACACCCAAUCCGACCCGAAAAACCCAAAAAUUUCACGAAAUGGCCCCCCCCCCGGGCAUUUCACACAUGGCCUCGCAAAUCUCCCAGACGGCUCUGGCUGGAGAUACUGAUGAACUGUGGGUAGAGGGAGGGUGAGAGGUCUGUUUGAGAAGGUGCAGGUGAGGAGAAUGCUGGGCUUUUCUCUGACCUGAACCUACUGGAGAACGUUGGGUUCAUUGUCUCUGUACAGGCUUCGAUCUAUGUCAUUCCUGACUCAUUCCAUCUGAUAAGCUGUUCUUCUGGAGCUUGCUCUCCAACUUUUUCCUGUACACAUUCCUCGCUCUAAUCUUGACUCCUUAAUAACUUCCUGUCUCCCUCCUUGAAAGCUUUUUCUUUUUCUUUUUGAGCAGCUAUUUUAGUUAGUUAGGAACUACGUCACCGUUCUGAUGGGGAUGUUGCUCUGAACACUGAAAGUAGAAUAUUCAGUCAUGACAUCAUCAAAUCCCAGUCCGUAGCCUCAAAUCCCCCCUGCAGAGUUUCUCCUGCUUCUUGUGACCACCCCCAUCAGUCAUUUUGGUAACAGGUUGCCUGUGCACAGUGGGUUUAUACGUGGAGGAGAGGAGAACCAGAUUGCGAUCUGGACCUCUGCAGCUUUACGUGUCCUCUUGUGCGGGGUUUGAGCUCAACGUCAUUCUUGCAUCAGACACCACAUAGCAGAAAGAGCUAAACCAGCUGGUGACAUCAGAGGAGCAUGUUGCAGCCAAAACGCUGUCAUUCCUUGGGAAGUUGAGCUGGGACUAAAUCAGAACUAAAAGAAGAAGUACAUCCAAUCUACCUUCCAGAAGACCCAGUGAUGAUGAAAAAUACAAACCUCUGUUAUUUAGCCAGAUGAGUAUAGAGAAGCAAAUGUUUCUUUAAGCAAAGAAAAGAUUAUCCAGUGAUGAUAUCAGUUUUUAACUUUGGGUACAGAGUAAGUGAACAUAUUUUCCAAAUUGUCAAACUGUGCAUUUGAAGGAGUUCAGUGGUUAUGUAUUUUUAAAAGCCAAUUAUGUAUAAAAAUCCAAGGCAAAAGAACUGGAAAACCAGCUUACAGGAUUUCAGAUCACUAUGGUUUCAAGCCACCAUUACGACUGAGGUGCAACACACCUCAUAGCAGUUUUGAGAUUGUUCUUAUUUUCAGAAGUAAGUGGGAACAUGCACUUGAAGCUACAUUACUGGUUCAAGGACCCAGACUGCUCCCACUGUAGAAGUCACUGUGCUCUGCUUACUCUAAAAUCAUCUUAAAAGAUGCAUCACUUAAAAUACUGUACUGUAUUUUGUGUUCAUAAAAAAAAUCUAUAUAUGUGCAUUACUUGAAGUUCUGUGCGUAUACUUGAAUUCACACUGUAUUUUUUUCUAUGAGAAUAUUGUUGCCAUGUUUUCAUUCAUGCUUGAUGGGCCAGAUGUUUGUUUGUUUGUUUCUAGUAUUGCAUGUUAGUAAGAAUGUACUUCUAUGCCGAGCACUUUACUAAUAAAGGCAC